AUCGUUGGCAGGGGAGGCCAUGGCGCGAUCGUAUUCCCCCAUCCUCUCCGCCUGCCUCCUCCUCCUCCUCCCCGCCUCCUCCUUCUCUUUCCUCUCCCUCCAGUCUCCCUCCUGCCUGCGGGCCCUCCCGCAUCGCCAGACCCCCGCAUACUCUGCGAUCCCCUCGGCUCCGUCUGGGACUCUCCAUGGAUCCCUGCGCGUCAUGCGGACGGCCCGCGGCGGCUGCUCAUCCAUGAAGAUGGAGGACAAGAACUCUGGCUACAGGCAGGAUGAAAUCCCUCGUUUCCAGAGCCCUCCGCCCAUGUCCAAGGCCCAGGAAGCGAUGCUGAAGAGCGUGCUGGAGAAGGCGAAGACGAGCAAGAAGAUCAAGAGGGUUGAGUUCAAGACGCAAGUCAAGUCGAUGUGCAAGGUUGAAGAUAACGACGUCGCUGAGAACGUGACCUUGGGGACAUACAUGACGCUCCCUGCCGAGCAGUGGAUCACUCUGGACGACAACUACAUCCAGAGGCUGGAUGAUGGAAGCAACCCGGAUGAUGUCAAGUACAGGUUCACCCUCCCCCUCAAGCCCAUGAUGCAGCUUCCUCUCACGGCAACAUGUGACGUGAGCGUGCACGUCGACAAGAAGAAGCAGCAGCUGAGACUCGAGGCUUGCGGAGCUCGUCUGAGAGCAUCGACGGCGGAGGAGGACGCCUCCCCGGCGCCUGCAAACGCUGCCAACAUGUCCAUGGCUCCUCCCAACAUCCCCCCUAACUUCACCGAGUCCAUCGAGAAAGCUGAUCUGCAGAUGGGGUUCAAGACCCUGAUCAAGUGGAAGGAGGGCAAGGAUGCUUCAUCGCAGGGCCAGCUCGACCUCUCUGCCGAAGUCGAUGUUGCCAUCACCUUCCCUCCUCCUCUCUCCCUCCUCCCCGGGUUUCUUCUCCGCCAGGCGUGCGGGCUGGUACUCAAGGCUGCUUCCUCCACCAUCCUCCCGAGGUUCGGGCAGCUCGUCGCUGAGGACUACAGGAGGUGGUCGAGGAACGAGCCCAGGGUCGGAGGUUCGCUAGCUGCUCCGUCCUUUGCUCAACAGCUGGAGGAGGAUCCUUACUACGCUUCGAGCCUGACCAUCAAGCCGACGCCAACGAAAGAUUGAGUCGCAAGCUGACAGACCGCAAGGAGUGCUGUACAUUAAACUCUAGGAGCAAGAGGGCGAGAAAGGGGAGGGAGGACAAGGAAGGUUCGUCUGAUACAAGAGGAGGAAGAGGGAAGUGAAAAAGGGGAGAAAUGCCGCGCGUUAUCUCGAACCCCGUGAUCUGCAUACUCAGAGUUUCCAUUGUAGCCUUGACUAUGUAACAUUCAUUGAAAGUUGAUUGUUCAUC